AUGGAACAAGUUGAGUCAAGUCGAGUCGUCUUUUGUUCGCGUCUCCGUUUGGUGUCUGUGGUGUCGCAGCAGGUCAGAGACGGAUCAGCUGAUUUAGAGACUACCCAACAUGUCAUCCCGCUCGCUACUUUGUUUCCAAGGCCUCCAACAAAAUCUCUUUAUCAAUAUUCAACUAGAAAUCUCUGUCGCCUUUCCUACGUUUAUUCAAUGAGCCAAGAAAGGAUAGUGCAGGAGGGAAGGUAACGGUCUCUUAAGUAUCCCCUUUAGGGCUCAACGGAUGCCGAUUCACUAACGUGGCGGGCAAUUAAAUCUCCCGAUGGGGGAGGAAAUGGGAGGAAAAAUAAAGACUGGUAAAAAUGAAAGUGGUGAUUAGGACUUUGGUACUGGUUCGAUCAGCCCUUGGAAUCAAAAUCAGUGUGUGUUUACGGUACUGUGGUACUUACAUCUAGUUUCAGUAGGAUAAUGACAUAUUAGACUUUAUUCGUGAACCCGACGAAAAGUAAGAAAUUUCAAUUCUUCAAGAAACAAAAAAACCGGUUCCUUUGACUAUCGCUCGCGAAUUUAUAAGAAGCUGUUGUUGUAUUAGGGCAGUCUUGUAAACAUGAAAUUAUUCAACAAAAUUGCAAUAAAACUAUGUCCAGCGUUAGCCAUACUUUUUGGUACGAUCGUAGUUUUUACAACUUUAUAUUUAAGCAACAAGAUUUCCAUGGUUUUUAUGUUCUUUUGCCUACAAGUUUAUUUAAACUGGUAUUCUAUUUAUUCGAUAUGCAAGAAAGCAAGUACCGUUAAAGUAAAACGAUCCAGGAAAGAGUACAUUUCGAAUUCUCAAUUUGUUAGCAUUGUUGGUAAUAAUUCAUCGAGUUGCACAAAAUUUUGGUAUUGCGAAAAAUGUAUGUGUUACACAGGUAGACCGACGCAGCACUGUUCUUGUUGCGAAAGGUGUUUUCACUUUCGAGAUCAUCAUUGUUUUUUUAUUGGGGUUUGUAUUUUACGACAGAAUAUGGGAAAUUUCAUUUUAAUAUGUCUAUAUACGUCAUUGGCGAGUUUUUACUCGUUAUCAGUUCUUGGUCCUUAUUUACACGAACAUCUCAAACAUUUUGUAAAACCAGAUUCCACGUAUUUUAAUAUUAUACUCAAUUUUUGUUUUCCCGUUGCAUUAGUUAGACAGUUGAUGUCAAAAGAAGAUACCUGUAUAAUUUUGGUGACUUUGUUUGAUACGCUAGUUUCUAUCGGUUGUAUUAGCCUCGCAUUUGGUAUUUGGAAACUAUAUGCAUGUCUGACUGGUAAACAACGGUAUUAUUUAUACGAAGGAAGGAAGCAAGACUUGAAAGAAAUUUUUGGAAAUUAUGGUAUUUCAAACAUUAUAUUCCCUUAUAACGGGCUCAUCGGAACUAGGGAUAUCGGUGGAAAGAGUAUGUUGAAAGAAGUGUAAUUAUUAGACACACAUUGUCAUUUAGCAACCAAUACUUAUAUAUCCGUGUAUAAAUGCAAAUUGUUUAGUCAUAUUGAUGUAAUGCCUGUUUAACUCAUACACUAGUACAAGUGAAAUAACUAUGUACUGAAUUUUGUAAUAUAAAUGCAGACAUUUCAAGAAAUUGUAAUAAAGCACUCGUCAGUUUUAA